AUGUACGCCGUCCUCCGCCGCGCGGCGCCACUCCGGCGGCGCGCCGUGUCCGCGCUCGCGGCCGCGCUGCUCCAGCAGCAGCCGGCGGCGCUGGGCGCUGCGGUGGCCCCGCGGGCGCCUCCGACGCAGCUCCCGGCGGCCGCGUGGUUCCACUCCUCGCCGGCGUGGCUGGGGUUCAGGGAGACGGGGGCCGCAGGGGCGGCGGCGCGCGCGGAGUUCGCGGCGGAGGAAGGGUCGUUCUACGAGGAGGACAAGAGGGCGCCGGCCGGCGGCGGCGCCGCGGCGGAGGAGGGGCUCGAGAUUGCCAAGCUCGGGAUCUCGUCCAAGAUCGUCGAAAGGCUCGCCCGCAAGGGCAUCACCAAGCUGUUCCCCAUCCAGAGAGCUGUCCUUGAGCCAGCAAUGGAAGGAAGGGACAUGGUUGGUCGUGCCAAAACUGGGACUGGUAAAACUUUGGCAUUUGGAAUCCCCAUAUUGGAUGCAAUUAUCCGCCACAACGAGAAGUACAAGGCUGGUAAGUUCCCAUUGGCUAUUGUUUUAGCGCCAACAAGAGAACUUGCAAAACAGGUUGAGAGGGAGUUCCUUGAUUCCUCCCCCUUGGAAACACUAUGUGUAUAUGGAGGGACUCCAAUUAUGCAGCAAAUAAGGCAACUUAAUUAUGGUGUUGAUGUGGUCAUUGGGACACCUGGACGUGUGAUUGAUCUGCUAAAAAGAGGUGCUCUGAGUUUGGCAGAGAUCCGAUUUGUUGUUCUUGAUGAAGCAGACCAGAUGUUGUCCGUCGGGUUUGAUCAAGAUGUUGAGACAAUUUUGGAGAGAGUGCCUCCGCAACGUCAAACAUUGAUGUUCUCUGCAACAAUGCCAACAUGGAUACGGAAGCUUACACAGAAGUACCUCAACAAUCCUGUUACAGUGGACCUUGUUGGUGAGAACGACCAGAAGCUGGCUGAAGGAAUUAGUCUGCUCUCUGUCUCUGCGGAGAACCGUCAAAAACCAGCUGUCCUUGGGGAAUUGAUUAAGGAACAUGCUAAAGGUGGUAAGUGCAUUGUUUUUACACAAACAAAAAGGGAUGCAGAUAGAUUGUCACACAAUAUGAGUCGAAGUUUCCAAUGUGAGGCCCUUCAUGGGGAUAUCUCUCAAUCCCAAAGAGAGAGAACACUGGCAGGAUUUCGAGAUGGGCGGUUUAAUAUAUUGAUUGCCACUGAUGUCGCCGCUCGUGGAUUGGAUAUCCCAAAUGUAGAUCUGGUGAUACAUUAUGAAUUGCCAAACUCGUCAGAGAUAUUCGUUCACAGAUCUGGCCGAACUGGCCGUGCUGGGAAGAAGGGCACUGCAAUUGCGAUGUACAACUAUGAACAAAGUAGAGCUGUACGGGUCAUUGAACGUGACGUUGGAUCCAAGUUUACAGAGCUUCCAAAGAUUAAUGUCGAGGGAUCUGUCUUGCUGGAUGGUGGAUUUGACUCCUUCGGAGGUGGAGGUGGAGGGCAUGGCGGUUCAAACUAUGGGCGCUCACGGGGCUUUGGUGGACGUGGGGGUGGGGGUUUUGGCCGAUCGGGCGGUGGCGGCGGUGGAUUUGGCAAUUCUGGAUUUGGUCGCUCAAGCGGUGGAUUUGGUGACUCCGGAUUUGGCCGUUCUGGUGGUGGAGGAUUCGGUGACUCAGGGUUUGGCAGGUCAGGUGGCGAUGGAGGACUCGGUGACUCAGGAUUUGGCCGGUCAGGUGGUGGUGGAGGAUUCGGUGACUCAGGGUUUGGUCGCUCAAGUGGUGGUGGAUCUGGUUUUGGUCGUUCUGGUGGAUUUGGUGAUUCUGGUUCAGGGCGGUUCGGUGGCGGUUUUGGUAGUUCUGGCUCAGGUAGUUUCGGUGGCUUUGGCGACAAGAACUCACGAUAG